AUGGCUUUGGCGGACAUGAAGCGUGCAGAUCACUUACACAUUUCUGCUCUACGAUGGCUGGACCGGUCAGGUGGACUUGAUAGGCUUCGGUCUACACUUGUGUCCCGAGCCUCGCUUCAUCCCGUCCCUAAAGUCCUCAGCACACCUGUCUACAUUAAUGUCAUGCACCUUCGAGAAAUAGACGAGGAGCUAGCCAGCCUGGUGAUGAGUCGACCAGUUGAGGCCCAGCAAGUAUUCCAUCACGUGGUGCACGUAGCCUCCGUCGCCAUCAACCUCCAGCUGGACUGUUCCUCUCUCAGCUACCAGCCGGAGCCUCCUCUCCCCUCCGUGGACGACCACUGUGCUCCGGGACCAGAGACAUACAGCCCGGACACCCCUGACUACCUCACUUCCCUCUAUCUAGAUCACCAAGACAAAUCUCAGAAGCUCCCCGCCAUGUUAGGUGUCGCCGCCAGAGAAGUAACAUUGGACUUUGAGGAUCUUAACAGCACCUUGCAGUCCCUGGCGUCCAACCUGCCUCUGGAGACCUCUGUGUCAGGGGAAGCCUCGCGUAGCGUCCUCACUGCUGCGCAAAUUCAUGCUCCUCUCCGCGUGGAUGGGAUACCAUGGGUGAAGGAGUGGAUGGUGGGCGGGGUAAAGGACUUGCCACUACACCUGGAGGAACCUACUCUCGCUCUAGUGUCUGGCAGGAUUCAUGCUCCUCUCCGCGUGGAUGGGAUACCAUGGGUGAAGGAGUGGAUGGUGGGCGGGGUAAAGGACUUGCCACUACACCUGGAGGAACCUACUCUCGCUCUAGUGUCUGGCAGGGUUAUUUCCAUCAUGCUUCCAACCACCUACACGGUGUGGGCGCGCUACGUGUGCAGCAGCGGGGACUGUCUGGGCACCGCCCGGGACCUGCACGUGAGAGUGUUCGCUGAGGGCCGGCGGGAGGCAGACACCAUCCAUCACCGCCCAGUCUGCAGGGUGUGUCGCUCGCCGCUGGUUGAGGAUCCAUCAUCAAGGGAGUUAGGAGAAAAGUCGCAUGUGUUGGUGCUAGCAGACAGCCAGGCCAGCGCCCUUACUAAGAACGCCCACCAGCGGGCUCAAGCUCUUAACCUCGUCCUCAAGGACGAGAUGCUGCACGGGUUGGAGCCAGGUCAAGAGGUGGCAGCCACGGUCAUGAUAGUCCCAAGAAACCUGCCUCAGCUGCCCUCAGUGGAGGCCAUCAUGGUGCACCCUCCCCCGCCUCUAAGGUCGCCUUCCUCACUCCCACCAAUGUUUAGGAGACUGGCGGAGGACCGCGCGUCGUCGCCCUGGUCGCUGGUGCUCACGCUGGCCUACAUGUUCGCUGCCUCCGUCACGCCGGCCGGCACCUUCCACACAUUUAAACUGGCUCUUCUCCUCUCCCUCGCCUCCUGCUCCUCACGUAAGGCCGGGUUAGCCGUGCUGGGGGUGGGCAGCAACACCACUCUUCUGCUGCGUCUACUGUGGUACAGCGCUCGCUACGCCCCCCACAGUGUUAUCCAUUCUUCGCUGGAUGCUCUCACGGCCUCCUCGACCAAAGAUUCUGAAGGCAGCGUAUGGGUGCAGGGAGGCUCACUCCUCUUGGCUCAUGGUGGUGUUUGCGUCCUCGGAGAUUUCUCAAAGUUCAAGAAGGAAGCCAGGCAGUUGGUAUGCCGUGCUCUGGAGAGUGGUGUGGUACAGGUAGGGUGUGGCUCCCGGCCCCAGCACCACACUCUCACCUACCCACUUCGAGCCGCAGCUUGGGCAUGCUACGACCCUGUCCAUGCCCACGCCCGCACCACCACAGCCGAGCCCCUGGAUGCCUUCCUCCGCGUGCCGUUGGGGGACCUCACCAAGUCUAUCACAGAUGUGUUCGGGUUGGUGGUGUACACGGAGACGCCUGGUGGGGAGCUGGAGAGUGAGGCAGAGGAGGUGAUCACCCUGCAGACACUGCUGGAGGGAACCACACCCAGCCCACAUCCACAGCCUCUCCUACCACCGGAUCAGCUCACCCAGUACUUAUGUAUGGUGCGAGGUCUACAGGUUGUGUUCAGCACCAAGGCCGAGACAUUGAUUCGAGGUUAUUAUGUGGCCACCAGGAGGCUUCGUGGAGACUGUGUACAGGGUUCUGCUGUACCUGUUACUGCUAUAAACACACUAGCCCAGGUUGCUGCUAGCCAUGCUCGUCUUGCACUCCGAAGUACCGUGGAGAGCUGGGAUGCAGCUGCUGCAGUGCUGAUGUGUGAAGAAGCACUGGCAGCCCUCUCUGGCUACUCUUUGCUUCACAUUUCUCCCACUCCACAUUUACCACCACAUAGUGACCUACACACACUCUUAGGAAGAAAGAAUGAUGAACGAAUGAUGAACUUUCAGAAAACGCUCGAGGAAUUUAUAUAUACACACACUGGUGAUAUACCUGUAAUUAAUUAA